GGGUACCCUGUGUGAGACCCCCAGCGUGUACACCUGCAGCUUCCAUUGAAUUCAGCCAGAGAUGCCAGAAGGCCCGUCUGUGAAGAGGUUCCAGUUGCUGACUGCUCCUUUUGUGGGGCAGGUAGUGGCCAAGGUGGGAGGAAGCAGCAGGCAGAGAAACCUGAAGGAUCUGAAAGCAAUGAGGCUCCAGGACUCUCAGGCCUCUGGAAAGAAUUUAUUCCUGGCAUUCGGUGCCGCUCUGGAAGCAUGGACCAUGGGUGGAAGCCCAUCUCCAGGUCCUGUGGAAGAAGAGCCAACCAUCCAAGGAGAGGCUGACCGCGGGGCAUGCUCCCUUACCCUUGCUCAGGAAGGACAGGAGGAUGAGGUCUCUCAGCUAAGCCCCAAAGAACACAGUGUGCAGAGAAAGCAGGAAACAGAAUGCUCAGUGCCUGAUGCCGCAGAUGCAGCAGGGGGCAUUUGGAAAUGGCUGCGCUUCCAUUUUGGUUUGUUUGGCAGCAUCCGGGCUAAUGAGUUCUCGAGAGCUAAUAAGGCGAACAAAAGAGGGGACUGGAAGGAUCCCGUGCCCAGGUUGGUUCUGAACUUCGACAGCGGGGGCUUCCUCGUCUUUUACAACUGCCGGAUCCACUGGUGCACCUCUCCCGCUGUGGAACCUGCUUCUGACAUCCUGUCUCCCAAGUUCCAUCGGGGGCAGGCCUUGGCAGCCCUUCGCCAGCCGACGUCCAUCUGCUACACUCUUCUGGACCAGAGAUAUUUCUCCGGUCUGGGGAACAUCAUUAAGAACGAGAUCUUAUAUUUGGCAAGGAUCCACCCAUUAUCGCAAGGCUCGCUCUUGGCUCUCUCAGAUCUCGAAUCCUUGCUAGAUCAUGCCGUUCAGUUCAGCACAGACUGGCUGCAUAAGAAGCUGGCUGGAAAAGGAUUACACUAUCAGAUCUACCUGAAAGAAAAAUGUCCUCUUGGGCACGAGGUGAUGCAGGGAACUUUUGGACCCCGAGAUGGGUUUAAGAGGCUUAGCUGGUGGUGUCCUCAGUGCCAGCCUCUAGUACCUCCUGAAGGGAAUGACCCCAAAUCGCUUAAACGCUGAGUGAACAAACAUGCCAGCCUUAAUGUGGAUUAUGAACACACUCUCCUUUCUUGCAGAAUGUUGCCUUCUGGUCUUUUUGUGACAGGCUGUCAGUUGUACUGAGCAAAAAUCACUUAUCCUGGAAGGCAAAAUGUGGAGAGAAAAUAGAGCUUUGUUAAAAAGGGAGGGGAUGUUUUUGUGGCCCUCCUAAGUCAUUUUUGAGCUAUGAAGAGAAAUAAGGCAAACAGUAGUAGGCGUCCAUCUCCCCCAGAAGUUAGGAAUUGUAGCCACUGAAAUGCUUGGCACCUUCAGAUUUGCUCAUGUAAAAAGUUGAAUAUGUUCAAUUUUUCUUCUGCCAGUGAAGCAGUAUAAAUAACU